UCCGCAGCUUGAACUGAUUUGGUAGAGAAAAAGAGAGAAAGGGGUAGGGGGAGGGCAAGAGAAAAGCAAAAUAGCCAAACCAAGCCAAUGAUUUUCCUGCAAAGUGCCGGGAAGUUUGUGGAGCACUUUCCAGGAACCAGGUCCUUUCUCAGAGUCUCUCCUUGUCUUCAGAAGAAAGAGCUUGCUUUUUGGAUUGCCAUGGAUCCUAAAGAGAGUCUUAGACACACUUGAAUAAUUCCUCUGCUUGGGCUGGAUUGGUGGGAAUUUAGGAAGGAGCGUGUGUGCAAAGCUGAAGGCUUCGGAGCUCGCUCGCUGCUCUAAUCUGUAUGGAUCUAAAAGUAUCACAUCUAAGACCUUUCCAGCUGCAGCUUUUGAUUUCGAGAUUUCCCUUUCCACUUUAAGUAGCUGCUAGGAAACUGAAAACUUUUUGAACUACCUCUUACUGGCUUUGGAUACUUUUUUUUUUCCUUUUUUUUUUUUUUUUUUUAAUCUCUGUGGAAUUGGUCUCAUAAGCGAUCGGGAUUGCUUUUAAUAUGUCAAAAUGGGUCUGCUGACGCCACUCCUGCUCUUUGGAUUUGCAUUUUUUCAAGUCGAUGGAUCCCGUCUCCGCCAGGAGGACUUUGCACCACGAAUUGUUGAGCAUCCUUCAGAUGUGAUAGUCUCUAAAGGAGAGCCGACAACUCUGAACUGCAAAGCUGAAGGACGGCCAACUCCUACUAUUGAGUGGUACAAGGAUGGAGAGCGAGUAGAAACAGACAAGGAUGACCCGCGCUCCCACCGCAUGCUGCUGCCCAGCGGAUCUUUAUUUUUCCUGCGUAUAGUGCAUGGACGCAGGAGUAAACCUGAUGAAGGAAGUUAUGUUUGCGUAGCAAGGAACUAUCUUGGAGAAGCUGUGAGUCGCAAUGCAUCUCUGGAAGUGGCAUUGCUACGGGAUGACUUCCGCCAAAACCCUACAGAUGUUGUGGUGGCAGCUGGAGAGCCUGCCAUAUUGGAGUGCCAGCCACCUCGUGGACACCCUGAACCUACCAUCUACUGGAAGAAAGAUAAAGUCCGUAUUGAUGACAGGGAAGAGCGGAUAAGUAUUCGUGGUGGAAAGCUGAUGAUCUCCAAUACAAGAAAAAGUGAUGCUGGCAUGUACAUUUGUGUUGGAACAAACAUGGUGGGGGAGCGAGACAGUGAUCCAGCUGAGCUGACUGUGUUUGAACGGCCCACGUUUCUCAGACGACCGAUUAACCAAGUGGUGCUGGAGGAGGAGGCUGUGGAUUUCCGGUGCCAGGUGCAGGGGGAUCCCACACCCACAGUCCGGUGGAAGAAAGAUGAUGCAGACUUACCGAGAGGAAGGUAUGAUAUCAAAGAUGACUACACUUUGCGCAUUAAGAAAGCCAUGAGCACAGAUGAAGGAACCUAUACAUGCAUUGCUGAGAAUCGAGUUGGAAAAGUGGAAGCCUCCGCUACCCUCACUGUGCGAGCUCGCCCCGUUGCUCCCCCACAGUUUGUGGUGAGACCACGAGACCAGAUUGUAGCCCAGGGCCGAACAGUGACUUUUCCUUGUGAAACUAAAGGAAAUCCCCAGCCAGCUGUUUUCUGGCAAAAAGAAGGAAGCCAGAAUCUACUCUUCCCAAACCAGCCUCUCCAACCCAACAGCAGGUAUUCAGUGUCACCAACCGGAGAUCUCACUAUUACGAACAUUCAGCGGUCUGACGCAGGCUACUACAUUUGUCAAGCACUGACGGUUGCUGGAAGCAUUUUAGCAAAAGCUCAGCUGGAAGUUACUGAUGUCUUGACAGAUAGGCCUCCACCCAUCAUCCUCCAGGGGCCAGUCAAUCAGACAAUGGCAGUGGAUGGGACAGCCUUACUGAAGUGUAAGGCAACUGGAGAUCCCCUUCCUGUCAUCAGCUGGUUAAAAGAAGGAUUCACUUUCCUGGGCAGAGACCCUCGAACAUCUAUACAGGAUCAGGGGACGCUUCAGAUUAAAACUCUGCGGCUGUCUGAUACUGGGACUUACACGUGUGUUGCUACAAGUUCCAGUGGAGAGACGUCUUGGAGUGCUGUGCUGGAAGUGACAGAAUCCGGUGGAGCAACAGUCAGUAAGAAUUAUGACAUAAAUGACCUUCCAGGGCCACCAUCCAAACCUCAGGUCACUGAUGUUACUAAGAACAGUGUCACUCUGUCCUGGCAACCAGGGACCCCUGGAAGCCUACCAGCUAGUGCAUAUAUCAUCGAGGCUUUUAGUCAGUCUGUGAGCAAUAGUUGGCAAACAGUGGCUAAUCACGUGAAGACCACACUCUACAAUGUGAGAGGACUUCGCCCCAAUACAAUCUACCUGUUUAUGGUGAGAGCUAUCAAUGCACAAGGUCUGAGUGAUCCAAGCCCUAUGUCAGAUCCUGUCCGAACACAAGAUAUCAGCCCACCAGCACAAGGUGUGGAUCACAGACAAGUUCAGAAAGAACUGGGGGACGUCAUUGUACGGCUGCAUAAUCCUGUUGUGUUGACACCCACGACGGUUCAAGUCACCUGGACGGUUGACCGCCAAUCCCAGUUUAUCCAGGGCUACCGAGUAAUGUAUCGCCAAACAUCUGGCCUAUCUUCUCCAGCUGUGUGGCAGAAUUUGGAGGUCAAAGUCCCAACUGAGAGGAGUGCUGUCCUCAUCAAUUUGAAAAAGGGAGUCACUUAUGAAAUUAAAGUUCGCCCUUAUUUCAAUGAAUUCCAAGGAAUGGACAGUGAAUCAAAGUCUGCUCGUACCACAGAGGAAGCUCCAAGUGCCCCUCCUCAGUCUGUUACUGUCCUGACAGUUGGAAACCACAACAGCACAAGCAUCAGCAUCUCCUGGGAUCCUCCCCCUCCAGAUCACCAAAAUGGAGUCAUCCAGGAGUAUAAGAUCUGGUGCCUAGGUAAUGAGACUCGAUUUCAUAUCAACAAAACAGUAGAUGCAGCCAUUCGGUCUGUAGUAAUAGGUGGCCUAUAUCCAGGUAUUCAGUACCGCGUGGAAGUCGCUGCAAGCACCAGUGCAGGUGUGGGAGUAAAAAGUGAGCCACAACCCAUAAUAAUUGGAGGCCGUAACGAAGUUGUCAUCACUGAAAAUAACAACAGCAUAACUGAGCAAAUCACUGAUGUUGUCAAACAGCCUGCCUUUAUAGCUGGCAUUGGUGGUGCAUGUUGGGUAAUUCUGAUGGGUUUCAGCAUCUGGCUGUACUGGCGCAGAAAGAAGAGGAAGGGGCUCAGCAAUUAUGCUGUUACUUUCCAAAGAGGAGAUGGAGGACUAAUGACCAAUGGAAGUCGACCAGGUCUGUUGAAUGCGAGUGACCCCAGUUAUCCUUGGCUUGCAGACUCUUGGCCUGCCACAAGUCUGCCAGUAAACAACAGCACUAGUGGACCCAAUGAUCUUAGCAAUUUUGGUCGUGGAGAUGUGCUGCCACCAGUCCCAGGUCAAGGAGAUAAAACUGCUACUAUGCUUUCUGAUGGAGCCAUUUACAGCAGCAUUGACUUCACCACGAAAACUAGUUACAACAGUUCCAGCCAAAUAACGCAAGCUACACCAUAUGCCACCACCCAGAUAUUGCAUUCCAACAGCAUCCAUGAAUUGGCUGUCGACUUACCUGAUCCUCAAUGGAAAAGCUCAAUUCAGCAAAAAAAUGAUCUGAUGGGAUUUGGUUACUCUCUCCCAGACCAAGGCAAAGGCAACAAUGGUGGCAAAGGAGGGAAAAAGAAGAAAAACAAAAAUACUGCCAAGUCCCAGAAAAAUAAUGGUUCAAACUGGGCCAGUGUUCCACUCCCACCGCCUCCCGUGCAGCCACUUCCAGGCACAGAGCUGGAACACUAUGGGGUGGAUCAGCAAGAAGCAGGAUAUGACAGCGAUGGUUGGUGUCCACCCUUGCCAGUUCAGACCUACCUACAUCAGGGCAUGGAGGAUGAGCUUGAGGAAGAUGAUGAUCGUGUUCCCACACCUCCUGUUCGAGGAGUAGCUUCAUCACCUGCAAUCUCCUUUGGACAACAGUCAACUGCAACUCUCACACCUUCUCCACGAGAAGAGAUGCAACCAAUGCUUCAGGCUCAUCUUGAUGAAUUAACUAGGGCUUACCAGUUUGAUAUAGCAAAGCAGACAUGGCACAUCCAAAGCAAUACACAACCUCCUCAGGCUCCUAUUCCACCUUUGGGAUAUGUAUCUGGAAACCUUAUUUCAGAUUUGGAAACAGAUGUUCCAGAUGAUGAUGAUGAUGAGGAUGAUAUUGAAGAAGAAACUGUAGAAAUCAGUAGGCCGCUAAGAGGUCUAGAACAUACUCCAGGCUCCAGUAUGGACAAUCUAGACAGCUCUGUGACAGGCAAAGCAUAUCCUUCCUCUCAGAGACCUCGGCCAAGCAGUCCUUUUUCUACUGACAGCAACACCAGCGCAGCUGUCAAUCAGGGUCAGAGGCCGAGGCCCACUAAAAAACACAAGGGAGGACGGUUGGACCAACCCCCCUUGACUCAUCGUAGGGAGGGAAUAACAGAUGAUCUUCCACCACCACCCGACCCACCCCCUGGUCAGGGUUUAAGGCAGCAAAUAGUCCCUGGCCAGCGUGGAGGCUCGGCAGAGAGGAAAGGAAGCUCUCUUGAGAGGCAGCAUGCACCGAACAUAGAUGAAACAAAGAGCUCCCUGGACCGGCAAGCUAGGACAUCACUAGAGUGGCAGCGGCAAACCCAGGAGUGGAUAAGCUCUACAGACCGCCAAGAGGAUUUCAGGAAAGCCCAACACAAGCAAGCCUUCGGAUCAGAAGAGGCACUCGUACCAUAUAGUAAACCCAACUUCCCAUCCCCUGGCGGCCACAGCUCUUCAGGAACAGCUUCUUCUAAAGGAUCGACCGGACCUAGAAAAGAGUAGUUGAGAAGACACAUUGCAAGCUGCUCUGACGGACCAUCAGGUCUGAACUCAUGGAAGUGAUGACACUAAACAGUGCAAUGAACAUUUUCUUUAUUUAUGUACUAUUAAAAGAACUGUAAAUGCAAUGUAAAGACACACAGCCACACAUAUCCCACAGAUACUUUACUUGUGUUCUUCUCUUUAAUACACCAUCCACCUUAAACUAUUCCUUGUCAGGAGUAUAUAAAAAAGAAAGAAAAAAAAAUCACCCUCCAGGAUGGAAAGGAUUUCCUUCUGUAUAUAAUUUCUUUUGUUGCAUUGCUAUGCAAGCUCACCUUCUUUUUAGCUAUGUUCAUAUUCAUGUCUGUUUUUAUCGGUCUGUUGUACUAUAUGUGAAUUAAUAGGCUGUGGUGCCAUAUAUUAACUUUUAAUUGUGUAACUUUUAUGUUUAAAGUUUGCACUGCAAUUUUAUUUGGUGAUAAGCACAAAACUCUACUCCUCAUGACAUGAAGAAAAAAAGAGACUGAAUGUGUGAAGAAGGUUUACGAAUUGUAAGCUACUUUGGAUAAUGCUGGAUAUAAAGGAGCAUGUUAUCUGUUUUUCCAUUGGGGUGUAGAAAUGAGAAAGUGACAGGCAAAGCUGAUGUCAGUGAAGACGUUAGAGACAGAUGUAAAUCUUUUAAAAGCAAGCAACAUAGUUGCUCUUCCUAUUCAAGAAGGGGUCAGAAGUUGAAAGUGUGAGAUUAAAGAGUGAAUAGGAAAAUUAAAGAUAGCAUGAGAUGGCCUAGACCCUUUCACUAGAGUGAUGCCCUUAGUAUCUGUUUUUAGUCAUCCCAUGCCACUAAGUAAAGGGGAAGAAAACCAAACCUUGCUACAAACAAAAGAACUUAAGGUGUUUCACUAAAGCUGAUUUUAUAUUGCAGUUUUAAAAGAAUUAUUACCAUUAAUUUUUCCAACCCAAAACAUGACAGAGAUUUCCCAGGAGGAACAAACAAUAUAAACUCAAGGAAUACCUUAUAAGUAGUUAAGGAUGCAAUUUAUUAUUAAGACAUAUUAAGGCUGCUUCCAAAAAAUUGAAAUGUCAGACUAUCUUAUUUCAUCUUUCCAAUACAUGUACAGUAAAAUAAAGAACAGAGCUGCACCACUGAAAUUCAUGACAUUGUUUUGAUGCAGUCUAAACAAACCUUUGUGUUGUGUUAUCUGAAGUCUGUGAGAGCUGAAGCUGGAUCCACUAAAUUUGUAGUAAAAUAUUUAGUGUUUGAGAGGAAAACAACAGUCAAAUUAUUUUCAACUUGCAUUAAAUGCAUUUCUGACAAUACAAUACACCCCAAAAUUGAAUAUAAGUAAAGGAAAUCUUUGACCUGUGUUUUAGUGAGUGGCUUCAAACCCUACUAUGGGAAGGAAAUAACGCGUGUUUAUACACUUUUUUGAAUAAACCAAACUCUGUAAGUGGACAUUAAUGACAGCAUCUUGUCUCUUCAUUAACUUUCAAGACUUUGCCCAAAUCUUCUGUACCUCUCAAUUGUCGAAAUUGAGUAAAUUGUCACAUUUUUUUUUAGAAUAUUGUAUGUGGAUAGCCCAUUCAUUUGGUGCUCAAUUUAAAUACUGCAUCCUACUGCUUAUUCAUGUUAGUUAUCUUACCAUGAACGCCAAUUUCCAUUUGAAUACUUUUCAUAUAACCAGUCUAUGUUGUUUUAAAUAUUGCCUUGGAGCUCAUCAGUAUUAAGAACACUUUUGGUAAUGGCAGAGUUUUAGAAAAGUAAAUUACAAUGCUAAAUAUGUGUUUCUUUUCAUUUCAUUGACUUGUUCCAUGAUAAGAUAAAACACUACGACCAUCAACUACAACUCAGCACUAUAGAAUAUUAAAAAAAAAAUACUAGUUAACUUCCUUAGGUCAAGAAUGUUAUUAGCAGGUUACAAUCCCCAAAAGUUGAGAAAAUAUGUAUGCAUUCAUUCAUAUAUGUGACUAGUGAAUAUAUGUGAUUUUCCUGCUUACUGAACUGUUAUAGUUAAAACCAUUAAUUGUAAAAAGUGCAAAAUUUUUCAAGCAAGAUAAAGAAGGCAUCAUAUUUACAUAUGUAUGUUUUUUAUUUUGGUAUUAUCAUAUAAAGAGAAAACUAUUCAGAGAAAAAUUCAAAUUUAAUUAUCUGGAAAAUGUUAGUCACAGGUACAUUUUUAUUUUCCCUUUUAAUUUGAAAGCUUUUGUGCUGAGCUUUGGUGGAACACCUUACUCACUAUAUUCUAUUCAAAACUCAGUAUCAUUAGACAUUGAUAAAGCCAUCCCAAUUACUUUCAAAUAUGUGUUUUAUCUCUUCCACUGGAAAGUAAAUGUGUGUCAGUAUUAAAGCUGUGCAGUACCAUGAUAUUCACUAACUUGUCCAUCUGCUUCUGUACAUUUUUGUUCAUUAAUAAUUUGCUUACAAGAUUACAUAAGGUGUUGUUGUGUAUCGCAAAGUGUCUCCAUUAUCUUACAGGAAUUGUCUUUUUUUUCUCUCUCUCUUUUCUAUACAGUGUACUUCCAAUGAACCACAGUACAUAUUUUUUAAAAUGCCAUUUAAUUUACUAUUUUAAAGGAAGUAUUCUUCUUUUUAAAAAAAAGGAAAAAAAAGAAAACUUUUAUUGUGAAUAAUGUGUUUAAGAAAAAAGGGAUGUUGUGGCAGCACUUAGAAUUGUCCUUUAAUUUGUUUUUUUUAAAAAAACCUGUUUAUUGGCUACAGUUUGUUCACGAAAAAAUAUGACCUCUUAAUGUGUUUCAUUGGUAUUGUUAGUGCAGCAAAGUUUAAUUGGCAUAAAAAGUUGGUUAAUAGUACUGUUGAAGUGUGUAUUGUAUAUUUACUGGGGAAAAAUAAAACAUAUUCACAUUUCAAUCUAUGUUAAGAGACCUUGAGUAAGUAGUCAAUAUGUGAAAACCCAAACUGGGAAAAUCAGGCAAUAAUAACAUAGACUGAGCUAUAAUCAUCACUGUCCACUUACAG